AUGCCAGGCAGAAGAAAACACUAUUCGUUAAAUGGAUCUGCGACAGCGACGGCGUCGCUGUCGCAUCCUGGGGCUUUUAGAAAUUUACAAGAAAUUGGUGGAGUUCCUAAAUAUGAUAAGGGUCUACAUCGCCGCGCAUUACGGUCGAGUAGCCACGCAUCGACACAUGAAUCAUUAAUGAAUAUGUCACAAAGAAAUGUUUCUUUUAAUUAUGGAUACAGGUCACCUUCUUCAAAUAUCAAGACUUUGCUUAUAGGAGACGCAGGUGUAGGGAAGACUGCGAUGAUUUUAAGUUAUUCGGAUGAUUUACCUACUAGGUCACAGCUAUGGCAGCAUUCGCCUCAGUUGGCAUCACCAGACCUUGAUAAACAGACUAAUAAGAGGCUGAAGACGAUAGAUGUUCGCAAGCGGUACUCGUUGAACGACUAUGAGGAGUUGUUUUCGCUGUCACAUGUGCAGGCGAACGUAGACUGGGAGGAGCAGGAGGAGGAGGAUCCUGAUGAGGUUAUGAUUGAAACGAAGAGUACAAUAGGCAUCGAUAUUAAGACAAAUUUAGUGGAUUUAGAUCAUCGAUUGUUUAAGAUUAAUAUGUGGGACACUGCGGGCCAAGAACGGUAUCGAAAUGCUAUGAUCCCGUCACUUUACAAGGGCACCCACGGUAUUAUUUUGAGCUACGAUAUUUGUAACUUCAGCACGUUCCAGAGUUGUUUGAAUCAUUGGCUGCCAGAGGCUUUGGAAAGCUGUAAUGUGAAAAAAACGCGAUUCUAUCUUGUCGGGAACAAGGUGGAUCUGUAUAAGGAUAGACAAGUUACACACAAGGACGCGGCAAAGUUGAUAGAAGAAGUUAAAAACAUACAUGGUGUGGAGAUAUCAGGUAAUUUUGAACUCAGUUGCAAAUGGCGGCACGUUGUUCAGCGUGCGUUUAAUCUCAUCAUUAAAGACCUUGUGGAACACGGAUGCUACGAGGAUAAUGAACCUGAAAUUAAUGAAGUGGGUUACGAAGAACAGGACAGCGGUGAUCAACCCAAGCAUCUCAACGAGAAAGAGCAUGACCCAAGCGAUAGCGAUGCCAUGCUAGCGUCCACUAAUAGUGGGACAUACAAUGCGACUCAAGUGCGGCGAGGGUCGACAAGCAGCCUUCAAAAAAGGCGAUCAUCCGGGCACCUCCAUCUGAGAAAAAGAUCCAUAGACAUUACUAAACCUAAAUACAACGAGGACCUCUCUGGAGAUUCAAGUAUAUCUUCAUGCUGUAUUUAG